GUUGAAGUGUUUGAUAAAACCGACACAUAAUAUGAUAGAGUAAUAAGUUGAGAACGCCACGUCGUGACAUCAACAUGGAUAAUAAUUAUCCGCCAAAAAUUUUGGAGUUAUCUGAGGUAAUUAAGCCAUUUCUAAAUGGCGAUAGUCUCCAUGACUACGAUGUAAGCAACUUGACGCAGCCGGGUGAUAAUUAUGGAAGUGUUUUGAUUUCUGUAAGAGCACAAAUACAGGGACCCUCUGGCGAUCUAUAUUUCAAGCGGUUCGUGGCCAAAGUGCCUCCGACAGACGACAAGUACUGGGAAUUUAUUCAACCUGAACGCACGUGCCUGGUUGAGAAUGCUAUAUACCAAAGAUUGGCGCCAGCACUAUCCCUCUUACAAAAUGAGGCGGCUAUUUCUAGGGAGGAGCAGUUUGACGGGUUUGCGGAUUACUUUGGCGCACGCAUCUCUUUAAUUCCUAACGCCAAGGCAGUAGACAAGGACGCUAUUUUGGUAUUGGAGGACUUGCGGGAUAGCAGUUAUGUUCCGAGUCAGCGGAUGAAUCCCUUUGACUUGCCUCACACACAAUUGGCCCUUAAAUAUAUGGCGGAAUUUCAUGCUCUGUCCAUCGCUUUGCGUUUAAAGAAACCAGAGCUCUUUGAGACGGAAGUUAGACCAUACUUUGGAAAAUUCGAUUGGCAUGCAGCCGCACCAGAGUCAAAGGCAACGAUGAUAGCAGAAACAUUAGCGGAUAUUAGAGAAGUGACCAAUAACGAUGAUAUGAUGGUGGAACGCAUUAGGAUGCUGUCAAACGAAUUUUUUAGUUUUUUGGCAGCACCGCCAAAUGAAAGUAAUGCAUUUAAUAGUAUCAUUCACUCCGAUUUCUGGACGAUGAAUCUCAUGUUCAGAUAUGACCCAACUGGAAAGCCAACACAAUUGAAAAUAAUCGACUUCCAAACGGCCCAGUAUGAUUCUGUUAUACAUGAUUUGAUAUCAUUUUUACUGACAAGCAUCUCAACUUGUGUACUGGAAGAUAAUUAUGAGCAUUUGCUACAUAAUUACCAUGAUGUCUUUAUCAAAACUCUAAGCGCAGUGGGUGCAAGUACAACGGCAUAUAGUUUCAAAGCGUUCCUUGCUGAAUUGAAACGCAUUGCCUACAUUCAAGUGCCCCAUGCUAUAUUCAUGACCCGAUUCAUUCUGGCUGAUGAUGUCACAUCCGCAGAGAAAGACCUCGAUCUAUCUCAGGUAUUAAAGAAUACGAGUUCAAAACGUGUGCACCGAAAACUAGGCGAAAUUUUGCGAUUAGCACAGAAAUUUGAAAUAUUAUAAUAAUGUAAUUGGUUUGUUUCGAAUCUGAAUAAUAAUUUUUUCUUAAUGAGGCGUGA